AUGAAAACUGUCUAUUACAAAGAAAUCACCUACCAACAGUAUCUCCAACUGCAACCUGAACAACAGGAGAAAUAUCUGGCUUUAUGUCAGGAAGAUUUUGAACGGGAAACUGAAAGAAUCGCUUUUGAACGUCAAGGAGGCAUUCCUGGUAUCGCUAAGAAACUCGCACAAGAAGAAGUUGCUUGGUUCGAUCGUGUUACGACAUGGUCAUACAUGAAUGCAUAUAUUCCAAGUUACAGAAGGAGAAAAAACUUUCUAAAAAUUGACAUGCUUAAUUUUUCAAAUACUGAAGAGUACUGA